AUGGACAACCAAGGAGAAAUUACUUUUGCUACAGUUAAAGAAAUCAUCGGCAAAACUGGUUCAAGAGGAGGUAUCACACAGGUGAAAGUUGUCUUCGUGAACAACACCUAGAGAAGUUUGGUGAGAAACGUCAAGGGACCAGUCAGAAAGGGAGAUAUUCUCGCAUUAUUGGAAUCUGAAAGAGAAGCCAGAAGACUCAGAUGA